GAAAAUCCGGCCGGGAUGGACCAUAUGAGCAGCUGAGAGUAGAGCGCCCGGGAGGGCUGGGACACUGGGACUACAGCAGCACAUAGCUGAUACACUGGUGUCAGAAGUUGAGCCAAAUGACUUCCGUCCACCACCACGAAGGAAGGAACAUCAGCCGGGACCUGUGCGAUGGCAUCGCAAGGCUGACCGCGAAACGGCUUGCUUUCGACACGAAAAUGCGUCAACGAGGCCUCACGUAUUCGGCGGAUUCAUGCAUGUCCGUCGAAGGGAGGGUAACUUAUUUGAAGCUCCGAGGCGACCAGCUACUUCACCUGGCAGAAAUAGCUCGGCACAACGGCGAGGUGUCAAUGCCCGAGUGCGAGGGACUAGCAGCAGAGGCGCUGGAGGCCUACGUCGCUGCCCAGGACGAAGCGUCUUCAAACGCGAUCGAAUCGUCCGAUGUUGUGAACAGCAGGACAAACACCGACAACGGUCGCAGCCACCACAGCAGCAGCUCCAGCAGCAGUGCUCUUCCGGAGCUCCACCCUUUGCGAAUAGAGCUGGCCCUGAGAAUAUCUUCCGUCCUCUUACACCUGCUCGAUCGGCCGAUCGAGGCAUGGGGAGCAGCGUACCCGACCUACGUCGCGGCGACAGAACGACCAACUCGCCUCGGCGCACGAGGACUUGCGGUCACGCAGGUGCUUCGAGACCACCUGGCAUGCAUCGGCGUCCGGGGCGGGGGCAGCGGUUAUCAACAAGAAGGAAGCAGCGCGUGCAAGAACAGCGUAGGAGAAGAGCCAACACACGUGCAAGAUCCAACUGGAGGGUUCGCCGGCGGAGACGAGUGGGGUUUCCUUCGAAUGGCCCCCGGGUUUGAUGAGGGCUCAGGAGCGGUGGUCGGGAUCGGGUCCACGGCGAGUGGCAAGUUGCGCGCUCUGGCGCAAUUGAAGCAGGCUCGAUCGUGCCUAGAUGGCAUGACGGCAGCGACGCGAGUGCUCCUGGGCACAAUGGAGCACGCGAAUGCCGUGAGGUCAGCACUGAAGGAGAUAUUCGACGUGUACUGCCGAAAAAACGCCCAGCCGGCCAAGAAAUGUUCGGACGAUGGCCACGGUACCACCGGCAAGCACGUGUGGCUGCAAGGACGGAAAGCCACGCCGCGUGCUUUCAAUCGGCAGGGGCCGUUCCUCUCGUGGCCGGGUUUCGAGUCCGUGUGCCACGACUUCAACAUCACUACCGCCGCAACCGUCUCUCCAGCAGCUGACCUCUCCCACCCUCCGGCUCAAAAUAACCACCACGACCGCAGCAACACUACGCACCACGCUCAAUUUAGGAGUACCUCGCCAGACAAUCAUCGCCAUCGAUCGCCGAAAACAAAUGCCGCAGCUCCUGCAGCUACGGUAGUGCCACGGACAAGCUCUCCUCCUCCAAGGAUGCUGUUAGGAGACACCGCCACUGCUGUUGGCGGUCUGUUGAGCCGGUUGCAGGCCCGGAUUGCGUUCGUGAGUGCAUGCACGCACGGGUCGGUGGUCGCCUCGUUUCCUGACCCUGAUGGUACAAGCGUUGGCAACAACGUUGUCGUAAGCGGCGGCCGUGGCGGCGGCGGUGAGCGGGAAUGUAGAACUGACGCUGGAAUCGCGGGUACGGAACCAGGUCGUGUAGAGGAAGGCGACGGGAUACCUUCCACCGACGGAGAUACCGCAUAUUGGCGUGCUGUUGAGCGGGUGAUCCUUUCAGGCGCUGCCCCAGACGAUAAAGACGCCGCUCCGGGCCUGAACUUCCGCCAGUUCGUCGACGGGCUCGCGCGAUGUGGCCUCAUCGGGUAUUCCAAAAACGGCACCGGAAUCAAGCAGUGCGUGUCCGCUGCAGAGCGCAUGCAAGACGUCUUCAUCGCGCGGAUGAGACUGCUCGACCGCGAACACGUAGAGACAGCGCUGCAGCAGCAGCAGCAGCAGCAGUCAGCGGAGCACCUGACGGCCGGAGCAGUGGCAGCAGUAGCGGGAAAACGCGAGGUCGCCGGCGGUGAGCGUGUCCACGUCGCGGGAGUCGAGAGAGCGAGAGGAACGGUGGGCAGCACGACAGGGCGUGGCAAGGCCAACAACCGGCGAGGACCGCCUAGGGAAGAAAGGUGA